AUGGUUGAUUAACAUAUAAAUGAGUUGGUCAAAUUAUAAUGCCUUAUUUUAAGCUUUAUAAAAAUUAUUCAUCAAAUUUCUAGAUUAAUUUUGGUAUUUCUAACCCAGAUGAUUAUAAUUGGAAUUUUUGGAAGAAAUUAUUUUCCUGGAAUGUUACAUUUUAAUGAAGAAGAUAAUUGUAGUAAGUAAGGCUCUUAAAUAUACCAAUAGCAAAUUUUGAUACUACAGUUUCGAAAAAUUAUUAUCAUGUGA